CUUAAGAGCCUCGGCAUUUUAGAUGCAGAUAGGUCCCCUGCUAACAAGCGUCAUUCUGCACUAAUUCCCGCGGGGUGGUCCUAGUCUUCAACUUUUAGUUUCUACAGUAGUCUUACGACCUCCGAUUCUACCCUCAACCCUCAAAACCUCAGAUCUCAAGUCUCAAGUCUCGUGCUAUUGCUCACUGCUCACUGCUCACUGCUCAUUGCUCACUCUACAUACCUAGCAUUAUUCAAUUCGGAUCUCAUGGACCAGAUCUCUCUUUCUCCUACCUGAGAUUAUCCCUUCCACCCCUGAACUCUUGUUUGUUCACCCCGUCUCUAGACGGACCCGUCCAAUAUGUCGUGGAAGGCAUCCGAGAGGUUGAUGGAUACCAUCCGCCAUUACUCCAACUUUCCUGCUACUGGAGUCAGUUUAAGACAAAUGGUCCAAUUUGGCGAGAGGCCAUCAACAGGAACCCUUUUUCGCGCCUCCCAAUUCCUUGCCGAAGAGCUACCAAUUCGCCUUGCGCACCGAGUACAGGAGCUUACAAGCUUACCUGAUGGACUUAGCGAUAUGCCAUCGGUAAAAAGAGUCCAGGAUUGGUAUGCGCAGUCGUUCGAGGAGAUCAUUAACCUAGGACGACCCGAGCUGUCGAGAGAUGUACGCGAUCGAUUAUUAAACCCAGGAAGGUUCCACAACAGCAAGACUUCUACUAUGCUCUCCGAGGCCACGCCCAAUCCCAGCAUCCGCGAAGGUCAGUAUGCCUCAGCGCCGCCCACGCAGAUCGGCUUAGGCAAUGGCAAGAAGUACCAGGCCGCAAGGAGGUACUUUGCCAUGGUAGACGACAGCGGCGACUGGCCGCCGGAGCUCCAGGCAUAUAACUCGAGGUUCGCUCAAACGUUGCAUAAGAUCAAGAGGAGGCACGAUGGCGUUGUCACGACCAUGGCCCAGGGCAUCCUAGAAUACAAGCGAAAAAGACAACGGAUGCAAAUUGACAAUAACAUCCAAUCUUUUCUGGACCGUUUUUACAUGUCGCGCAUAGGCAUCCGUAUGCUUAUAGGGCAACAUAUCGCUCUGACCGAUCAGAGCCAUCAUCGAGAUCCCACCUACGUCGGUAUCAUCUGCACCAAGACCAACGUGCGCGAUCUAGCGCAAGAGGCCAUCGAAAACGCCCGCUUUGUCUGUGAGGAUCAUUAUGGGCUUUUUGAAGCGCCGAAAAUUCAACUAGUUUGCAAUCCCGACCUCACUUUCAUGUAUGUUCCAGGCCAUUUGUCGCAUAUGCUGUUUGAAACCUUGAAGAAUUCGUUACGAGCCGUUGUCGAAACGCAUGGGCAAGAUAAGCAAGAAUUCCCAGUAACCAAGGUCAUCGUUGCCGAAGGAAGGGAAGACAUAACCAUCAAGAUUACCGAUGAGGGCGGCGGAAUCCCGCGAAGUGCUAUACCGCUAGUUUGGACAUACAUGUAUACAACCGUGGAUCGGACGCCAAGCCUGGAUCCUGACUUCGAUAAGAGCGAUUUCAAGGCACCUAUGGCUGGCUUCGGUUACGGACUACCAAUAUCGCGACUCUAUGCUCGGUACUUUGGUGGCGACCUAAAACUGAUCAGUAUGGAAGGGUAUGGAACAGAUGUGUACCUUCAUCUGAACCGCCUGUCAAGCUCUUCGGAACCCUUGCAAUAGCAAUCAGCAGUCAUGAGGGAGUGGUCAUCCCAAGGAUUGACGUUUCCGUAUAAAAGGAUGAUGCAGAAGCGGCUUAAGAACCUAGAGGUGUCAGAACGUAAGCAGGUCGGCGA